AUGUUGGCGCAAAGCUGUUGCCUUCGACUGCUGAUCCUCCUCCUUCUGUUCACAACAAUCGGCAGCGUACCGAAAAAAUCCCUCAAAUACUUCACGAAUCGAAAAUUGCGAGAGAGAAGGAUCAAAUUGUUCGGCACCAAGAAGACAGAGAUUCAAUCACUCUUGAUAAGUACGUGGAACUAUACGGAUGCCAAUUUGCAGGCAUGGAGUGUGUUGCAACAAGGACCUCGAAGGACUCGUCAGGCGGUGAUUCAGGGAUGCAUGGCCUGCCAGAAUCAGCGAUGUGGACGCCUGCUGACCGGAAGAUCCUCUCCAGAUACGGAGGGAGCACUCACCCUGGAGGCUGCCAUUAUGGAUGGGGAAAGCUUGGAGUACGGUGCAGUGGCCGGGAUGAAUGGAGUUCGGAAUGCCAUUCUAGUAGCCGAUGCAGUUCUGAAAUACACAAAACAUUCCGUACUGGUCGGGAAAAGUGCAACGAAAUUUGCCAGAUCUUUGGGUUACAAAGAGGAGUACCUCACGGAUGCGAGAACGAGAAAUGUCUUGAAAAAGUGGAGGUCAAACGGCUGUCAGCCGAAUUUCUGGCGAGAUGUACAUCCUUCGCCGGCGGAAAACUGUGGGCCAUAUUCACCCCUACCCGAGCACAUGCAUCAGCAUCCGAUGCACCAGGAAUAUGCCAUCAUACAGGGUCAACACGAUCAGCUGGCCUUCUUGGCCCUGGAUGCGGAGGGUAAAUUCCAUGUGGCCAGCCAAUCGAGUGGCGCCCAAUUCCGGAUUCCCGGUCGAGUGGGUGAUUCGGCGGUGCCUGGUGCUGGGAUUUAUGCGGAUAAUGAAGUGGGCGGUGCGGUGGCCAGUGGCGAUGGUGAUGUCCUGAUGCGCCACCUGCCCGCCUUCCUGGCCGUCGAAGCAAUGCGAGCGGGAAAGGAACCAGACAAGGCAGCCGAGUUGGUGGUGCAACGCCUGCUGAGGCACAAUACGGAAUUCAAUGGAGCCGUGGUGGUGGUCAAUCGACGUGGCAUCUAUGCCGCCGCCUGUGCAGGACUCGACGAGUUCCAUUUUGUGGUCAGUGGGGGCAAGGAAUACCUCAGCAUGGCGCGGGUGGAGCGGGUCAAGUGCUUGGAGCGGGAGAAUGAAGUCAUAGAUGGUGGCCCCAAAGGACUGUUUCCCACCAUUCCCGAAAAACAUAAGGUUCCAUGA